UGGACCCCGGAAGUGCAACUCCAAGUUGGUCGGGCUCGGAUCCCGAGAGGGAAAGUCGUAACAACCGCACGAGGGAGUUCGACUGGCGAGCUGGAAGGCCACGCCUCCUCUCGCCUACCCCCGCAGCCCUGUAGCUGGGGGCAGAGCUCAGACUGUCUUCUGAAGAUUGAUGUCUAUUUCCUUGAGUUCUUUAAUUUUGUUGCCAAUUUGGAUAAGCAUGGCACAAAUCCUGCAGGGAGGUCCAGAUGAAAAAGAAAAGACUACAGCACUGAAAGAUUUAUUAUCUAGGAUAGAUUUGGAUGAACUAAUGAAAAAAGAUGAACCACCUCUUGAUUUUCCUGAUACCCUGGAAGGAUUUGAAUAUGCUUUUAAUGAAAAAGGGCAGUUAAGACACAUAAAAACUGGGGAACCGUUUGUUUUUAACUACCGGGAAGACUUGCACAGAUGGAACCAGAAAAGAUACGAAGCUCUAGGAGAGAUCAUCACAAAGUAUGUAUAUGAGCUCCUGGAAAAGGAUUGUAAUUUGAAAAAAAUCUCUAUUCCAGUAGAUGCCACUGAGAGUGAACCAAAGAGUUUUAUCUUUAUGAGUGCGGAUGCUUUGACAAAUCCACAGAAACUGAUGGUUUUAAUUCAUGGUAGUGGUGUCGUCAGGGCAGGUCAGUGGGCUAGAAGGCUUAUUAUAAAUGAAGAUCUGGACAGUGGCACACAGAUACCUUUUAUUAAGAGAGCUAUGGAUGAAGGAUAUGGAGUAAUAGUACUGAAUCCCAAUGAAAACUAUAUUGAAGUAGAAAAGCCAAAGACACACGUACAGUCAUCUUCUGAUAGUUCAGAUGAACCAGCAGAAAAACGGGAAAGAAAAGAUAAAGUUUCUAAAGAAAUAAAGAAACGACGCGAUUUCUAUGAGAAGUAUCGUAAUCCCCAAAGAGAAAAAGAAACGAUGCAGUUGUAUAUCAGAGAAAAUGGUUCUCCCGAAGAACAUGCAGUCUAUGUGUGGGACCAUUUCAUCACCCAAUCUGCAGCUGAGAAUGUAUUUUUUGUUGCUCAUAGCUAUGGAGGACUUGCUUUUGUUGAACUGAUGAUUCAACGAGAAGCAGAUGUAAAAAGUAAGGUAACUGCUGUGGCAUUGACAGACUCUGUUCACAAUGUGUGGCACCAAGAAGCUGGCAAAACGAUUCGAGAAUGGAUGAGAGAGAACUGUUGUAAUUGGGUCUCUAGCUCAGAACCAUUAGACACAUCAGUGGAGUCCAUGCUGCCUGACUGUCCCCGAGUCUCAGCAGGACAUUCAAAGAGGAAAUGCUUUGGGGGAGAGAACUGGAAAUGAAAUUAAAGUAACACCAGACAGCAUGAAGGCAACUCUAGACUUGGAGACUGAAUGUAACAAAAAUAGUCUAUUUCUACAUUAUCUUAACUAGAAUGAAAAGAAAUCACAGUGUGGGGAGAAUAACUCACUCCAGAAGCUGUCACUGUCUGUCAUAAAGUGACAAGGAGCUCUCAUGACCAGUAGUCAGAAGCUAGAUGACAUUACCUGACAAAAAUAGGGCUUUUUUAAGUUGUGUUAUCAAGAAAUCAAUCAAAAUAGAAAAUAUAUUAAUUUUGUACCUGUUUUAUAUUAGUCAUAAUAACUUGCUUUAUGUGAUACUGUAUUGACCCAGUUAGUUAAUGGUAUGAAUACAUUUGAGGCCAUUUUGCUUAUAGUCUAAAGUUUUCAUAAAUAUACGACUGGAAGAAAUAAAAGCCAUAAGAAUUAGAGAAGAAAAAUUAAAACUGAAAUUAUUCACUUAUAAUUGUUUAUGUAGAAAAUUCAAAAUCUAUAGAUAAAUGUUUAGGAUGAAAAGGAUAAGUUAGCAAGGUUGCUGGAUACAAAAGCAUUAUACAAAAAUCAGUUGAGUUUUUAUAUAUCAACAAGCAUUUGAAGUAGCAUCAAUAAAUAUGCAGUAUUACAAAAAUAAAGCUGAGAGACACAUCAUGUUCAUAAUUUCAGUCACUCAACAUAGUAAAGAUGUCAGUUCUCUCCAAAUUGGUAUGCAGGUUUAACAUUAUUCCUGUCAAAAUCCCAGCAAGAUAUUUUGUAGAUCUGAACUUCUGAAGUCACCAAGAUGACUCUCACUUCUGAUACCAACUGUAAGAGGAUAUCCCUAAGAUCACCUUCAGGUUUGAUCAUUUGCCAGGACUCACAGAACUCACUUCAGUGAAGGCUGUUAUAUUCAUGGUGACAGUCUUACACAGCAAAAGGGUACAGAUCAGCCAAGGAAGAGGGCAUGCUGGGCAGAGUCAAGGGAAGUUCCAAAGUGAGUUUCCAGUUGUCCUUUUCCAGUCAAGUCAUGGACAGUGCUGUCUUCUCCCAGCAACAGUGUGUGAGAAUACUUAUGGAGUAUUACAUACCAGGGAAGCUCACCCAAGUGUUGGUGUCCAGAGUUUAACUAGGACUUAGUUAGAUUGACGUGGUUGACUGUCUGCAUGGCUAACUGUAGUCUCUAGAUGCUCCAGAGGCCCAGAUGAUACCUUUUUGGGCAAGGUCAAUCCUUUACAGUAAGUAUAGACUAGAUUAUUCUAUAAUUUAUAUAGAAAGACAAAGGAACUAUUACCUACUUACUAGAAUGGAAGAAUCAGUCUAUGAUUUCAAUACAUUAUGGCAAAGAUACAUAGAAACUAGAUCACUCAGACAUUGCUGGAAGGAAUCUAAAAUGGUACAGUGACUGAAAAACAGUGGCAGUUUCUUGAAAAACUAAACAUGCAACUAAUGUGCAGCCCAGCAACUGUACCCUUGGGCAUUUAUCCCAUAAAAACAAAGAUUAUUUCACAUAAAAAUUUGUACAUGAAUGUUUACUGCAACUUUAGUCAUAAUAGCCAUAAACUGGAAACUACCCAGAUGUCCAUGAACAUGGAAAUGGUUAAACAAACUGUGAUAUAUCCAUACCAUAGAAUAUUACUCAGCAGUAAAAAAGAACAAACUAUUGAUACACACAUCUAAAUAAAUCUCCAGAGAAUUAAGCUGAAUGAUAAAAGCCAAUCCCAAAAGAGUGCAUAUGGUAUGAUUCCAUUUAUAUAACAUUCUUGAAGUGAUAAAAGUAUAGAACUGAAGAAUAUAUUAGUGGUUUCCAGGGGUUAAGGAGGGCCCAGAAAGGGAAGUAGGCAUGGCUAUAAAAGGCCAUAGGUGAUCUUUGUGAUGAUAGAAAUUUUCUGUAUUUUAAUUGCAGUAUUGACAAUAUCCUGGUUGUCAUAUUGUACUGUGGUUUUACAAGGUGUUAUUAUUGAGGAAAAUUAUAAAAGGGACAUAGUAUCAAUCUGUUAUUUCUUACAACUGCAUAUGAAUCUAGAAUUAUUUCAAAAUAAAAAGUGUAAUUGAAUUAAUGAAUGAAUGAAUAUAAAAAAUAAAGUGAUUGAGAAAGUGAUAAAACUUCAUUAGAAAGCAUUAAAAAUGACUUAAGUAAGUGGCAAGAUAUAUCAUGUUUGUUGAUUGGAUGACUCAUAUUGUAAGUAUAUCAGUUCUCCCCAAAUUGGCCAAUAGGCUUUAGUACAAUUCCAAAUCAUUAAGUGACUGGGGCUAGUUUAUCACCUCCUCCUUCCUCUGCUUCCUUCCUCCUUUUAUUGGCCGCAAAGUAAAGGUCUGUGUGUUUGAAAGUCUGACAAAACAAUACAAAAUGAUGCUAUGGAUACAAACAUUCAUGUAAUGAAUCAUCUAUGUUUUCAAAACACCAGUAGCACUUUGCUUUUUAAAUUCUCAAGUUUUUACAACCAUGAUCUGUAUGCUACCAUUUCUUUAAAUGGUGAUCAUCAUCAAAAUAGUGCAAGAACCAUAGAAAAAUUCUAUGAUUCUAUGUUAAAUAAUAUUUAGUAAGUAUCAGUUUUCUGGUGAAUCUGUUUCAGACAGUUGUUUAUACAACACCUAUUAAGCCUCAACUAUGAUUUCUGGAAUAAAAAGUUUUGAAGCAUCAUCCCCAAAGACUUGAAGAUAAAACAAGGUAUUUUUUUAAAGCAAUGUAUUUUUCAUGCCCAAAAUGACUAGUUAAGCAAAACAUGUGUAUGAUAAUGUAGUAAAGACUGGAUACAAAGUACUAAAACAUGAAGAAAAGAAGUAGUUGAUUUGGUUAAGAUUAAUCGAAAAAUGCUUACUAGAGGAGAUAAAAUAUUGAACUGGAUCUUAAAACAUACAUCUUCUGAAAAAUGUUUCUAUUUCAGUGUUUUAACGAAUUUGUAAAUAUUAACUAUAUUGCAGCAAAAUGUCUGUGAAACUUUGGCUUAUCACAACCUCUCUUAAGUUUAGAUUUCUUACCUGUGAAAUGAAACUAUUGGAUGAAAUUUUAUCCACAGUCCUUUUCAUAGCUUUACUAUUUUAUGUUUGAUAUGUUUCUAUCUGCAUCUAAAUUUGGACCAAGCCAAAUACAUCUUGGAAAUAAAAGCUCUUAAA